AGCAUUCCCUGACUACCUUAUCUGGUAUACGCCUUCUACCAGACACUCUCCAUUUCCUUUUUAUUUAGUGCCGUUACCACUAUCAGAACCAUAUUAUGUUUAUUUGGUUAUUUAUUUGUUGAUUGCCUGUCACUACCAUAAGAAGUUAAGCUUUGUGAUGUCAGAAACUUCCGUCUUGUUCACUGAUGUAGAACCUUCCUCACAUGUAGUAGGUACUCAAUUUCCUAAAUGAAUAAAGGAGUGAAUGAAUCUAAGCUCUGCUACUACGUUCUUGGAGGGCAAGCACCAUUUUUUAUACAUUUGAGUCCCCUUCUCCAAGACUUAGCUUCUUACACGCUGCCAAGGGAGGAAAACCAGGCCAGAAAAAGAACCAGCCCCCUUCAUCCACCUUUAGAGUUUGCAGCUCUGCCAGCACUUGGGCAUCUUGUUCGUGAUCUAAUCAUGGACCAGGAGCGUCAACGACCAAGAGGAGACCAGAUGAGUUUUCAAAGCAGUCCUCACACACCCAGGACACACCUCAUCCUUUGCCUCGUGCUUUCUGCAAUGUUGCUGUUCACGUUCAUCUUCCUAUUAACCCUUGCCAUAAGAACCCCUUAUUGACCACCAUCCUUCCUCCAUCCACCACCCACUCAGCUCCUUCUCUGAGGUGCCCUCGCAUGGGCAAUGGCUUUUGUCUCUAUUUGGCAAAUUAUGCCCAGAUGGUUAACAUUAAUUUCUCUUUCUCCUAUCCCUCCCUCAUGCUAGGCUCAGUCCAACAGUCAGCCCCUUGUCAGGAAAACCAGAGCAAAUCCUACUUUCUGCCAAAAUCAAGUUACAAGACACUUUUCCAGAGCAGUCACACUCCAUGAAGGGACUCAAGGUAUAUCUGAGUGUGACGUAAUUGAAACCAUAGGGAAAGACUAGAAGCCCCUUGCUCCCAGUCAGAUACAGUGAAAGAGCUUACUCAAGACUAGACUGAUUGAGAAUGUAGGGGGGCUAGGGAGGAGAAAGAGAAAGAUCCUCAGAAGUGGAUUGUCCCUGAAUACAGGAUGAAAUCAUCUAGAUUUUUUUUUUCUCCAAUUAAAUUUGCAUUUCAUUCAACC